GGAGGAGGAGGAAAGGUGUGCGCAUGUGCAGCCCACCUGUGCAACGUGGAGGGGGAAAAUGCCUAAGAAGCAGGGAGAGCGUGUGGGCGUAGCUCAGGAGAUAGAUACCCUGGAGGAGAUGCUGUCCCAGUGCAGGGAGAACUUGGAAGAGUUGGAUUUUAAGCUACGGCGAGAAGAACUGACUCCUGAGGGAAGAAACUCACUGGAAAGAGAGAGAGAUCUGCUAGCAACCAAAGCUGAAAAUUAUGAGAAAGAACUGAAAGCGCUUCGCCAUGAAAACCGCAGGAACGCAGCCCUCUCGGUGGCCCUCGUGCUGCUGAUUGUCGUUAUUUACACUUGCUGGACCAUGUAGCAGCUUUUGCCGAGAUCCCCUCAUGACGUGACUGU